AUGGAAUUCUUAGUGUCAAUUUUUGAAAUUGUGAAAAAUUUAGGGGAAGCAACUGGAAAAUGGUUUGGAUAUAUCAACAGCCUUGAUGCAAACUUGAAAAUUUUCAAAAGAAAGAUAGAGGAUUUGAGCAGUCAAGAGGAUGAUAUAAAGACUGAACUGAGCAGUGCAGAGCAGCAAUCAGGGAAAAGAAGAAAGAAAGUAGUUCAAGAUUGGCUCGGAGAUGUGCAAAUGUCAAGAGGUGAUAUGCGAACUUUGCAAAGACAAGAGCAAGAAGUAGUAGGAUGGAAGAACGUUUUCUCACGUGUACAAUUGGGAAAGCUUGUUGUAGAGAAGAUUCAAGAGGUGGCAGAACUGCAGGAAAAGGUUAAAUUUUCUAAUGGUUUGCUGAUUGAAGCACUUCCAACUAGUGGACUGUUCAUACCAACAAUGGGAUCUUUUUGUGAAAACACAAGUGCAAGGAACAUGGAGAAUGUAUGGAAAUACUUGAUGGAUGAUGAGGUCAGAAGGAUUGGCAUUUUUGGAAUGGGGGGAAUUGGUAAAACAACCUUCAUGCAUCACAUUAACAAUGAACUCUUGAAUGAAGCUUGUAACUUUGAUGAUGUUAUUUGGGUCACAGUAUCUAAAGCAUUCAACAUUAGAAAUCUACAGAGGCAGAUAGCCAAGGCACUGAAUCUUGAUUUGUCGAGUUAUGGGGAUGAAACAAAAAGAGCAUCAGAAUUGUAUACAAUGCUUUUCGAAAAGAAGAGGUAUGUGCUCAUCUUAGAUGAUCUGUGGAAAGCAUUUCCUCUAGAUAAGGCGGGUAUUCCAAAGCCAUCCAUAUCUAAUGAAUGUAAACUAGUGUUAACUACACAAUUGUUAGAAGUGUGUAGGAAGAUGAAGUGCAGAGCUGUCAAAGUAGAGCUUCUCACGGAAGAUGAAGCACUGAAUCUAUUUAUGAGCAAGGUUGAAGAACAUCAGACAGUUCUUACUCCAAAAGUGAAAGAAAUUACAACAAAAGUUGCCAAAGAAUGUGCACGUCUGUCUCUUGCAAUCAUUACUAUAGCUGACAGUAUGAGGGGAGUAAAUGACAUUCGUGGGUGGAGAAAUGCAGUAAAUGAAUUGACCAGUUCAACAAAACAGAUCAGGGACAAUGAAAGUGUGAUUUUCGAGCGACUAAAAUUUAGUUAUAGUCGCCUAAAUGAAGAAAAGCUCCAACAUUGUUUCUUGUAUUGUGCAUUGUAUCCAGAAGACAAUAUCAUCCCUAGGGAAGAGCUGAUAGAAUAUUGGAUUGCCGAGGGACUAAUGGCUGAGAUGAACAGUAUAGAAGCAAUGUUUGACAAAGGAUUCAUGGCAAAAGCUGGUGAGGGAUUAGGAGGAGUAGCAUACGAAGAUUGGUCUGAGGAUCUUGAGAGGGUUUCCUUAAUGUACAACAAGAUAGAAGAACUUCCUUUUAGACCCCCCAUUUGCCCUCGGCUCACCACCUUGUUACUUGGAUAUAACCCAUUAUUACGAAUUCCAAAUUCUUUUUUUGCGCAUAUGCAUCAUCUCAAUGUAUUGGAUUUGUCCGGCACCUACAUAGAGUCUAUGCCAGAUUCCAUCUCCAAGUUGGUGAAUUUGCAUACAUUGUUACUGAAGGACUGUGUAAGACUGAAGUAUGUGCCGUCACUGGAGAAACUAAAGGCAUUGAAAGAGUUAAAACUGAAAAGGAGUCAGAUAGAAGAAGUACCCCAAGGUAUAGAAUAAUUGGUUAACCUCAGAAAUCUCGACCUCUCCUAGAAUAACAGUCUACAGACAUUUCCU